CGCUGUGGGCACAGCCGCCACACCACCGGGCGCCCGGGGGCGGAGCCUGUCCCGCCGCCGCGGCUCCCGGGCGAUCGCAAACCCGGAAGACGCGCUCUGGCAGCCGGGCGUGUUCGCCGGCCCGGUCAGGCCAUGCAGACCCUGGAGGUGGGUCUGGUUCCCGCUCCAGCGAGGGAGCCCAGACUGACCCGCUGGCUGCGGAGAGGCAGUGUUAUCUUGGCGCACCUGGUAGCUUUGGGCUUCACCAUCUUUCUGACUUUGCUGUCCCGGCCGGGAACCAGUCUUUUCUCCUGGCACCCUGUAUUCAUGGCCUUGGCGUUCUGCUUGUGCAUGGCCGAGGCCAUCCUGCUCUUCUCGCCCGAGCACUCCCUGUUCUUCUUCUGCUCCCGAAAGGCCCGGAUCGGACUCCACUGGGUGGGGCAGACCCUAGCCAUCCUCUGUGCCGCCCUGGGCCUGGGCUUCAUCAUCGCCAGCAAGACCCGCAGUGAGCUGCCCCACCUGGUGUCCUGGCACAGCUGGGUAGGGGUUCUGACGCUGCUGGCCACGGGGGGCCAGGCACUGUACGGGCUCUGCCUCCUCUUUCCCCGGGCGGCCGGGGUCUCAAGGGUGGCUCGCCUCAAGCUCUACCAUCUGACCUGUGGACUGGUGGUUUACCUGAUGGCUACGGUGACGGUGCUCCUGGCCAUGUACUCGGUGUGGUUCCAGGCCCAGAUCAAAGGUGGGUCCUGGUACCUGUGCCUGGCCCUGCCCGUCUACCCAGCGCUGGUGAUCAUGCACCAGAUCUCCAGCUCCUACCUGCCAAGGAAGAAAAUGGAGAUGUGAGUCCCUCCGAACUCUGAGUCUAGGUGGUGCACUUGCCUUGGACGUCAGUGGUUCCUUUGGUGACCUUCAAGGGCUCCACUUCCGAAGGGGUAGGAUCUCUGUGCUUCGCCGGGCCGAGGGGGUGCGGAAGCGCACGGCCGUCGGAGGACUCAGGGGCCCGAAGCAGGGAAGUGGACUGAGUGCAGGUGGGGCGCUUGAUCCCGAAGCCUCCACGCCGAUGGGGCCCAGAAGGGUUGGGUGCUGGUGGCGACGGUGGUGGUGUGGUUGUUUCUCGUUUGCUUGCCUGAUGGAGAGUGGGUUCCUGUCACUUAUGAAUGGCAGCGGUGGCACUUUGGGUGACUUUUAAGAAAGCAGCAUGGGGUAGCAGACUGAGCCCCUGGGUCUUGGUUACGGGUUUUGGGCCUCGUAGGCUCUAUCGUGCGACCUCAGGCAGGUCACGACGUGUCUCAGGACCUCAGUUUCUUCAUCUGUGUGAUGGGUGUUUCCCAAUGAGCGCCAACAUUUGGCGUGUCGGCUGACGUCACAGGACACCCCUCCAGCUCCUGACCAUGGGCUGGGCGGCUCAGAAGGCUCGGGAGUAAUCCUUACUUUCCUGGCCCCUUCCCACUCCGGCCUGCCAGGAGCCUGUGUUGGUCUGGCCCCAGACCGGGGCAUAAGGGGCCCCGCACUGAGGAGAACAGUAAGGGAGGGCCCCGGGUGAGGUUCCCUGAACUCUCAGGCAGUAAAGGCACUGAAAUCACUUUAAAGCUUUGGGUGAGCAGAAGGGUGCUGGCUCACCCGGGGCUUUGGCUCCCGGCUGGGCUGCCUGGCCUGGCUGAGAUCCUUCUCAGCCCAGCUCAGCUCUGCCAACACCCACGCUGAGUGGCACGACAGUCCUGGGCAGCACACGUUUUGCCUUCCUGGGCUCCGGCUCUUGCCUGAGCACACACACAGCUUCGUGGAGCUGUCCUGGAGCUGUUAGAAUGGGAGACGAGCCCAGUUGGCGGGCAGGGCUCUUCUGACCUGGGGAAGAUCUCCAUCCCUCUCUUGUCACCUAAGCUUUCCUCUUGGGUUGCCACUCUUUGGCCCAGCAGGGGGGCUGAGUUUGGUGCCAGCUGGCUACCGGGGGCUGGGCCCUCUCCUGCAGAGACCUCCCCUCAUUCCAAACCGAAGCAGCUCCCCAGACAGCCCUCUGCGGCGAGGGCCGGAUGCCAGGCAGGUUCACUGCUCCGGCUCAGCUGGGGAGACAGGACCUCCGAGGGUCUGGAGGGCUGAAGGUGGCCGAACCAGGAGAACUGGUAUCAAGGCAGGUGAUACCAGGCAGCUCACGGGCCUCUGGAGGCUGGGGCUCUGGCUCCCAGGACCAGCGGGAGGAGUUCCUAAGCAUUUUGGAUGUCCAGGUCCUUGGAACAUUCCAGACAUCCUCUCUGGGUGGCUCAGAGGCAAGAUGUUAGUAGGGUUCCACAGUGCAGGCAGGGGACCCUACAAGGACAGAGGUGCCCCCUGGGUGCACUCACUGGGCUCCUCCUGGAUCAGGUGGCAUCUCCCAGGAGCUCUUUUGACCCUGAGCGUAGGGAGGGGGCCCUGCUGUGCAGGUGGUGAUUAGCUCUUUUAUUGUCCUCCCCCCCAACCCUGUCCCCCCCAAACUACCAGUGUGGUCUGAACUUGGGGGAGAGGGUUACCAGGGCUGAUGGAGCAGUCUCAUCUGGGCAGGCACUUUGAUCAGGGACCCCAUGUCCUCUCCCCCAGGCACAGCGGGUGCGGGGAGCCUUACCCCGUCUGCAGUCUGCAGCCGGGAGAGGGCGGGGAGAGGGCGGGGCAGCCGGCUCCCGCCUGAGGUAUUGCCUCCUCCCAGGUGGUUGGGGGGCUGGUGGGCGGCGGGCAGGCGGGCUGACAGCCAGCAGUUUGCGUGGGCUGUGCCAGCUGAUGUCUAUUCCCAGCCCUGGGAGAAAGGGGGAAGUCAUUUGUAUUCUGCAGGAGGAAGGGGCCCAGCUGUCCCGUCUCCGACCAGGAGGCCGGGAGGGCAGAGGAGGGCGCCGGCGGCCUGUGUAGCCAGUCUGACUGCAGUACAGGGAGCGGGUCCACAGGAGGGGCCCUUCUUCCUUGCAGGCCAGAUUGUGGGGGGACUCCCUUCCCCUCCCCUCUGCAUUUCUCCCUCCUUCACCACCUGCCCUCACAUCCUGGGGCGGCAGCUGGACGGCCAUUAGCCCUCCCUGCCAGGGCCCUCGUGCUCCAGCUGGGAUGUGGUGGCUGCCGGCUGCACGGGCCUCCUCCCCUCGCUGUCUCCCCGCCUCCCGCACCUCCCCGUCUGGGCAGCUCAGGGGUGAGGCGGAGGCCUCGGGAGAGAAGCAAAUGGCUGCCCUUUGGCCCUUGUCCCCUGACUAAGGAAAGCUGCUAGUCGUCAGCCUGUUUUGCCUUUUUUUUUAAAAAGCCAGGGUGCUCAAAUUUAAAAAAAAAAGCAUGUUAUUUGCACAAAUUUGCAUAUCAGGCUAAGUCCUGCUUCCAAAUAUGAUUAUAUUCAAACUCAACCUUGAGGACAUGAGAAAUGGAGAAGGUUUUUGUAUCCAGAUCCGGAUGGUAAUAGGAUUACCGUUCUGGGUUCAGAUGCCCCCAGCCCUCACCUUUUCCAGGACCUCCACUUCCCUUGAGCCCCACGUGGAGGGGGGCGGGGGUAGGGGGGCCGUUGAAUGGCAGGCGCCCGAGUCUGGAGAAGUCUUCCAGUCGCACCCUCUGGGCUCCUAGUGUAUCAGAGCGAGGCUGGAACAUCCUGCCGGCCUGGGCCUCCUCUGUCCCCGCCCUCUUGCAGGGCGAACUACCCCACCCGGCUCUCUGACACUGGCCUGCCCCCCCUUUCUCUUGGUCCCCACCCUGCCAUCCCCCCCGUCCGUGCACGGCUGCCCUGGGUCUUGUUUUUAAACCUCACCGUGGGCGAUCCAGGCAUCCUCCCGGAGCCAGCUGGCUGGCGUGCCAGGGUCUGUUCAGAGUUAAUAAUAAUCAUUAGCUGAGCAGAGCCGGCCGCCCGUGCAGCCCCAGACCUCCGAGCACUGGCAGGCUGAGUCAGCCAGCCCGCACCUUCCCCCUCCCGGGCUGCGGGGCUGCGGGAUGUCGCCCAAUGCGGGGCACUGUGGGAGGCAGGAGGGGUCAGGGGGCUCGCCUCCCAGCCCUGGCUUGAGGCUUCCUACCCUGGGAGUGGGCCCCCAGCGCCCCUCGCUUGAGCAACCAAGGCGUUUUCGCCUGAUGAAGGGCAAAGGUCGAAGCGUUGGAAGCACAGUGUGCGCCCCGCUGACACUGGCAGUUAGGGGCAGUGCCGGCCGUUGAUCCUGACCCUCUGGUCCUCCUGCCCUUCCUUCUGUUUACUUGACCUCCAGGGGCCACUCCCUCCUGGUCCUGACCCCUGACCUGACCUCAGCCUUUCUGGUGGCCCCCGCAGGCUUUGGGAGUCCGACUCGGGAAUGGGCAAACCUGGCGUCAGGGUUCACUCCCGCGUGAUGUGGCCCUGAGCUAGUCCCUCACCUGGAGACCCACCUCCCAGGGAGGUUGUGAGGCUGAGGGGGACGCAUGGGAGCCGCCGCUACUCGGGGAAGCUCAGAGCAUUAAACACAUGCAAACA